UGGCCAUCUGAACAAAUGACUGACUAUUACAACGUGUCUAUCAGAAAGAAAGAUAAGCAAGUAAGUUGAAUUGAGAGGAAAUAGUUGUUUCUAUACACACUUCAUUGCUUGUUGCUCUGUUGUGUGCUGGUGUUUAUAUAAUAGCGUCUUGUAACAGAAUGUCUACUCUGUUCUGGUGAUGUUAAAAUUAUAUAUUUAAUUUGCCUAAAGGCUAAAGUGUUAUAUACCUGGAUAAUGAUGUAGUUGGUUAUUUUAUAUAGAAAUCAGUUCAUGAUUGCUUUGUUUUUUCCAUAUCUAUUUUGCGUAACUCUAAUCUUUUGAUGCUCCUAUGCCCAACAAGAGCAAAAGGUCCCCCGCACGGGCUAAAGGGUCCCCUGCAGCCCUCACCCGCUGCUUGAGAUCUGGACCCCUGAAAUGGGACGUCAGAUAUCUAGUCUUUUGGAAUAUACGCUUUCAGUAAUUGUUUCACAAAUCUCUCCUGGGCCCAGGAGCCUCGUUCUCAUGAAUUGUGAGCAAAUUGCAUUUAGUCUUGAUUCAUGAGAUUAAAGCUCUCACUUCCGGAAGUAUUCAACUAUUUGUGGUGUAAUUAUUGAAAUUUUUAUGAUUUCAUCAAUUCUCAUUGAUCUAUGAGCUUUGCAACAUUCAAAUAAUAAAACUAUUUCAUAAAAGUAUGUGAUGUUGCAUUCCAAUUGAAAAUAAGUCUUCAAAGAUUACUAUCAGGUAACAUGUUUUGCACCAAGACAUGCACAUAUUCAGUCGAGAACAAGGUUGCAUUUUAUCCUGCCUAACUCAAGAUGAGUUUAUUUGCUCAAGUGACAAGCUCAGGUGCACUUUUGAUAUCUAAUGGUUCACCAAGUCUGUGGUUGAAAAAUCCACUGGUGAAAAAACCCUUUGAGUUGCAGCACUCUCCCCUUGAGUGGUAAAAUCAUCUGGCAUUAGACAGAGUAAAAUAAUAAAGUAGAGCACAUUGCCACUUAAAGGAUUAACAGGAUGUAUGGGCAGAUUAACAGUCUGAUUAACCAUUAAGUAGCAGCACUGUCCCCUUGAAGAAUAAAAUUUAAAAAUUGUCUGGUUUAGACAGAGUAAAAUAAUAUAGUGGGGUGCAUCUGGGCACAUUGCCACAAGUGUUGUUAAUAUAAUAUUAAGUUCUUUGUAGGUUUGCAUGGCAGGGCUUGAAAUAACAGCUGAUCAACGAUCCUUAUGAUCGGCAAGAAAUUGCUUAUGAUCAGCAAGAAAUUGCUUAUGAUCGGCGGAAAAGCAGGGUUUCUAACCUGAAAAAGCAGGGAAAGUCAUGACUGCCGAUCACCAUGAUCGGGAAGUCUGGGAACGUUAUUUCAAGCCCUGGCAUGGCAAUAAAACAUAUAAUUAAUAAUACUAUUGUUUGUGGAAACACCACAUAAAUUUAUUACUGCAAAACUUUCGACCCAUAAGACCGGAUCUUCAUCAGUGCUAAUUAGAUCCCGGCUUACAGAUCGAAAGCUUUGCAGUAAUAAAUUUACGUAGUGUUUCCACAGACAAUAGUAUUAUAAUAUAAUAUUGUUGACUAUCUACAGGCUUUAAAGACUGAGUUUGGUGUGCACAAAAGACAAGAUAAAACUCUCACAUCACAGACUACAACUUGGUUGAAAUAGUUGCAACCAAAUGCAAACCAGGCUUCAUUUAAAAACCUUGUGUUUAUUAAAACAAAAUCCAAAUUACACCAAAAGACUUUCUCCAUGAAUGAACAUAACAUGAUUUUUAUUAUUUUAUACUAAAUUUACAUUACCAGUUAAAUUUAUUUUACUUGUAUAAAUAUUAACACAACAAAGUCUAUUUUUUUGCAUAUUUUUACACAAUGUUCUUACACAAUCCUUCAUUGGACAAUGUUUGUGACACAUAUUGUCUGUAAUUAUGACAUUCCAGAUGGUUGAGUGGUUUCCAGCGAUGAAUCAAACUGACUUUUGUUUUUCAAUAAAUAACUUGCAAGAUAUUCAAUUGGAUUUGGAGGCCUGUGAAGAAAGGAAUAAAGCAAGAUAUUUAUAAUAUUAGCCAGAUGGAAUAGUUCAUUCCAGAAAAAAAACAUCCAUACCUCCCCCAUGGAGGAAAUAGAAGUAACAACCCCCCACCCUCUUUGGAUGUCCUAAUACAUUUACUGUUAUCAGUUUUUCUCUCCUCCCCCUCCAACAGUAAAAAUUUCCUCAGUGGGGGGGGGGGGAGUGUGAAUUGUUUCUGGAACAACCCAACACCAACACUGAAGGGCUACAACACUGUCCAUGUCAGAAAGGAUUUUGUACAGAAAAUAACUGGACAACUGUCCAUAUUAGAGAGGUGUACAUAUGGAGAAGUUUGGCUAUUAUUUCAAGUAUUGCUUGGUCAUGUAUAGAAAGUCUUGUCCAGCAGUACAGAACCUUUCUUUAGAUAAAGUUGACAAAGCUUGAAGAAGGAUGGGAACAACAGUCUGGUCCAAAUAAGCUCUUGUGGGAAGUGACUGCACAUCAAUUUUUGGCACUCGUUUCUCUGCAUCAUCUUUCUCUUUCUUCACCACAGCCUGAAAAAACAAGUCAAGAAAUAUGUCCAUGAAACCAUAGCAUGAUCUCACGAAUAAGGUUUCAGUUACUGUCAUUGCCAGCCACAACCUUGCUCCAAUAUCUUGACACAAAUACCUACCUCAAUUGAUGGUGUUACUCCUGGCUGGGACACUUGGUUUGCAGUUGUUGUCUGUCAGUGAAAACAAUAUAUUGUGUAACUGUAACUAACAUAAUUAACAAAAGUAGCGAGGAGGGAGUAGUGAGGAAUAAAGGGGUGAUAGAGUAGGACUGAAACUAGGUAUGAACAAGAAUGCAUCAAGGACCAUCAUGACUACUCAACAAUUUAAAUAUUCAGGGGGUUGUCAAGUUUUACCCAUAUUCCCCAAAGGGGGGGGGUGAAACUUUAAUGCCAAAACUUUAUUCAAACUGCUGUCAAAUGGUGAUUGCUAGAUAGUAUACUUCAAAAUAAGGUUUCCGUUUUUAUAACGUAGAAAAAACUAUCCUAACGCAAAACUAAACCCUAACCCUAAUACUAAACCUAACCCCCAACCUAACCCUAACUUAUUUUAAAAAUAGAAUAAAAACGGAAAUCUUAUUUUGAAGUAUACUAUCUAGCAAUUGCCGCUGUCUGCCAAAUCAUUCAUCAGUUUUGAAAACUUACUGUCUUAUGUCUGUCUAUCGCUACCCCCAUUAAAUGUGAUUAAAUUUACCCAUAAUUUAAAUAGGUAUUUAGUCAUUUAGACCAAAUGUUAUUCAAUUUUAUGUGUAAUUUUGUGAACUACACAUGUAAUUGGAUAUAAAAAAUUACAGCAGACUAACAAAACCACGGCAUACAAAUCUACCUCUGUAAUAAAUGCUUUGUUUUUAUCAGUCUCUGUAUUGGCGGCAGUGCUGCCGUCCCCUGCUGCUGUUUCGGCCUGUUUUUCUUGCGUUUUUUCCUCUGAAACUGCCGUCGCGUCGGUCAUUUCGGCUGAAAGGUUAUCAAAUAACAUAUUCUAGGUUUUAAAACUGUCAAAAUAUUUAAGAUGCGAGAGAUAAAGGGCAUUUCCUACCGUCUGUUGGGACUAAAUUGUCUGCCAUCUUUGUUUCCACGGUGCUUCACUUCGGAAGUGAACGGAAAUAACCGGAAACGCGGGAACCACUGAUCUCAAAAUAGAAUUUUAAUAGCACUGGAUAGAUCUUUCUGAAUUUUGAAGACUUUGAAGAAUAUUUAUAUUUAGGCGUUUAAAUUAGUUUUACACUACUACCAAGCAAAUGUCUACCUAAUUUGAAAUAUGUACGAGUUUUUAACAAGUUUUAUUCCAAGUGUUGUGACAUCAUUAGUUAUUUACAGGCAAAAUAAUGAAGAGAAGGAAUGAGAACCAAUUUUUAUCUAUACAAUAUAUUAUCACCAAAAUUCUGGUGACAACCACAAACUUUGAAAAUCUCCUCAGUACGUGCCAAAAAUUAUGCAAAAAUGAAAAUGCAUAUUACACGAAUACACGUCACAGUACUAUCCAGUGGUACAUGAGAUCAGUGCAAGUGCUGGAGCUACGGCAUAUUCCGACUGGUUCCGAUUCUUACAAAUCGAAAAUUUUGAGAAUUGUGUAUUUUGUAAUAAUGUAUAUUGCUCUAUAAUCAAUAUUUCUUUCAUAAAUAUUGGUCUUUUUAUUCACUUUAUUGUUUUAUAUUGUUGUUUGAAUACAGAAUUCGACAUCUGACAGCAAUAUGUUGGAAGAGGACAAGGUAAAUAUGAUUUAAUUGAUUAUAUAAUUUAAUAUGUUAUUGACUUCUAAAUUGUUGAGAAUGUACAAUGCCUAGAUUGUUACAACUUCCGUGUUAACAGUUUUGAAAGCCUUCUAAGAAUCUGUUAAUGCUAAAAGUUGUUUAAAAUGGCAAUAUAAUAUUUCAGAGUUUUCAUAUGAAGUAGAUUUAUGUCCAUAUCACAUGAUUCGAUCCAGAUUUUUGGAUAAAUAUUUCCUUUUUUGCUUCAUUGUGAACCAAUAAUGAGAUCAAUUCAAUGUGUCAGUUGUAAAAUUCUUGAUAUGGUACAAGCUGAUAAAAGAAAUUGAGGAAACUUGACAAGACUCUCCCAAGUAAAAUUGUGUGAUGUCAGAGAGAGUAAUAUAAAUAAAGUAGGAUUGUCCAUUUGCUUGUCAUAGCACAUACCUAUGCAGCUAGAACAAUGAAUGUGUGGUCACUGCUCAACAACUGGACUCUGUAGCCCAGUUGGUUAGAAUGUUGCCCUGGAAUUGCAGUGUGAUUUCUGCCAUAGAGCCUGUAGUUACAUUUGUCACAACUGCUGCCAUGCCAGGCUGCAAAGUUUGGAAAUUGUGCGCCUGAGAUUUCUAAAAUUUAAUAGUAAAUAUAUAGAAAGCUGUGCAGAAAAUGCAGUCUGGCUGCCAUGUCUAAAAGUGUAUAGAAAUAUAACAUACUUGACAAGUGACUAUUUGGUCUGAUUUGACGUGACAGGGUGCUGCUAUAGUCAGUGGUGCCCGGUAAGAUGCCUACUUCACAAUUUAGGUCUUUGUUGCAAGAAACUUAAACAUUGCCAGAAUUCUAAUUUCCUUGUGUUGUCCUAGAAGGAAGAGCGAACAACAUCUGUGGACUUAUCAACUGAUUCCUCGUUAGUCAUCGAUAUUUCAGAUGCACUUAGCGAGAAGGAUAAAGUCAAAUUUACUGUUCACACAAAGGUAUGAGAACUUUUUACUCAAAAUCCUUUCCACAGGUGACUAGCUCAGGUUGAGUUGAGGGCAUGUGUACUGGGGUGCUACCAAAUAUAUCACCGUUUCUUCUGUUGUAAAAUGAUGAUGUCACAGAGACCCGAGGAAGAUUUUGCUCUGGGUUCCAUGAAAUCUUUUGAAUGGCUCGGCAUGAAUCUAUCCAUAUGACAACCAGACAUUUUUGUAUUUCUUAUUAAUUCUAGACAACUCUACCAGACUUUAAAAGCAGUGAUUUCUCAGUCGUCCGUGGUCAUGAAGAAUUCGUCUGGCUUCAUGACCGAUAUGAAGAGAAUGAGGAGUAUGCUGGAAUAAUUGUAUGUCUGUUUUACUGUGUUAGAUGUUUUAGUGAUCAGGACAGGAUUUUUCAAUCAGCAUCUAAAAUUAAUUUUAGUAAUUAUACAUCAUUGUUUGGCUUUUGAUAACUAGCCUAUAUUUCAUUUGUUGGUCAAAAUAUCUAGCUCAAAAUUAGUGUGGCCUACAAUUUCUGAAAAUAAUUGAAAAAUGUUGUAAUGUGCACCCUGUUUUUGUUCUGUUGUACCUCCUAUGGAAAGUAAGUUGUGAUUCUUUUUAUUGCAGAUCCCCCCUGCACCACCAAGGCCUGAUUUUGAUGCAUCAAGGGAGAAACUUCAAAGAUUAGGAGAUGGUGAGUACAUUUUUUACAGUGAAAAUACAAAAGCUUUCCCACUUCCAGAAGGUUGUAAAGUGUUUACAUUCACUGUAAUUUGUUCUGUAUUACAGUAGCAGUUACCGAUUAAUUUAUAGAUAAAUACUGUGAUAAAAUUGAAAUUUACAGUGAAAAUACAAAAAGUGUCCCACUUCCGCUUCUGUAGUUUGUUGUGAUUUACUGUAAUUUGUUCUGUUUUUCUGUAGCGAUUACCGAUUUAUUGGCAAAUACCGUGAUAAAACUUAGUUUUCUCUACUUUUUAAAUAUGAUAAUUUGUAGCAAAGGGAAAUAAUCCAUUUUUCGUUAGUUUCAUUGCAUAAAAGGUACGAAAUUUAAAUUUUAUCGCAGUAUUUGCCGAUAAAUCGGUAAUCGCUACAGAAAAACAGAACAAAUUACAGUAAAUCACAACAAAUUACAGGAGCAGAAGUGGGACACUUUUUGUAUUUUCACUGUAACAUCUUAUAUAUGUGUUACAAUGCAGUGAGUCUAACAAAAAAUGCAACCUUUGCAACAAAUUAUUAUACAAAAACAAAGAAAACUGCAUCUUGCAUGUUGCUGUAUUUGCUCAUAAUUUAGUAACUGCUACUGAAAAACAGAACAAUUUACAGAAAAUGACUGUGGAAUUAGUGGGAACAUUCUUGUAUUUCACUAUAAAAUAAGUAACAAAUGUCUAAUCUGUGAUUUUUUUAGGUGAAGGAACAAUGACAAAAGAAGAAUUUUCAAAAAUGAAAGCUGAGCUGGAAGCGUAAGUCAUCUUCAUAUUUGUCAUCACAAUAAAAUUGAAUAAAUGUUGUACCAUGACGUCUAAAAAGUCUCAAUUGGUGGGAUUUAGUUAGUAGUGUGGGGCACUAGAUCAACUUGCAUUUAUAAGAAUUUAUAAGAACAAAUACAUCUCAAUUCUAUUUGUUUGUUUAAUUCAAAUGGAAGACUACUACAUCAGGGUUCUCCUUAUCAGGCGGUAACCGGUAAAAUUUACCGUUUCCACGAGCACUGAUUACCGCCUGGAGAAGCCCAAGUUAAAUAUACGUUUGUGUACAUUUGUUAAGAAAUAAUUAGUAAUAAGGUGUGAGAAAAUUCUUAAUAUAAUAACUACAGUGAAACACGCAAUUUUAUUGGUCAAUAGUUGUGCAGGAUCAGGCUAUCCUGCACGAGGAAAUAUAAUGCCUUCGCGGGAUUUUCAAAAUGUCAUAGUUUCACUGCAGUUAUUUUAUAAAACAAUUACCAAAUGGUUUUCCAAGCAGGAUAGCGUGAUCCAUGCACUUGGGAUGUUGCUCGACUUUUGGAAAAGUGUGAAAAUACACUCGCCUGCAGCUCGAAUAUUUUACGCUUUCCGAAAGUCUCGCGACAUCCCUCGUGCAUGGAUCACGCAAUCCUGCACGGAAAACCAUUCGGUAUUCCUUUAAUAAUCAAUCAAUAAGUAUUGCUGAAAUUCCACAAUAUUAAUUAUUUAGCAUCGAUAGAUUGAAUACAGAAAUAUCCUAUAAACCCGAUCUGUGAACAAAAUUUUUUGGCGGAAUGAUUAUAUUAUCAACCCAGCGUGGGCUUGGGGACUGAGUUAUUAAAUUGGCGUGUGUUUAGAAAUCUUUAGUAUUCUAUAAAAGUUUAAAUCUUCCCUCAAAAUGCAGGAAAUGGUAUACCCUGUUGGUAUACCCCAGACCCCCUAGAGGUUUGUAUAGGUGCGACUUGAUGCUUAUACCUGUUGAAAAACCUGUUUUACCUGUCCCACUCACAACUAUGGAGAACCCUGCUACAUAUGAUAAUUUUUCUCACUCUGUUAACUGUCAGACUGUCAGUUUGUACCAUCUGCUGCAUGAUCAAUGCUUAGCAUCUGUUCGUAAUAUCCUAGUUUCUAAUUUCUUCCACUAGAGAGUAUUUAGCAACGUUUAAGAAGACAGUUGCCAUGCAUGAAGUGUUCCUGUGCAGACUGGCGGCUCACCCAAAACUUAGGAAAGAUGAAAACUUUAAAGUGUUUUUGGAAUACAAACAGGAGGUAAAAAAGCAAAUUAAAGUUCACAAUAUAGACAUAUUUUGUAGAGAUGAGGUGGAAGACGCCUUUAGUUUUACGUUAAGCUGUUAACAUGGCCAGCUUGCAUACCAAAUUGAGCCAUUAAAGAUGGCAAACUUUUGAAAGUUCAUUCUAUGAACUUUAAACAUGGUCUACUGCAAAUUGAAUGCAACUUAAUGUUGCAAAAUGUAAGGAACUGGUUAUUUACUUUGGGCAUGAAUUUUACCCCAACUCAUGCACAUUUUCUGGAAGCAACUGGAAACAGUUCAGCAUGCUAGAAUUCUUGGCUUAAUAUCAGACGUCCUUAAGUGGAACGAAUAUAUUUUAUAAUCCAGCCUACAUGUUCAAAACUUCCUGUCCGUCUGCCUUGUACCCAGGCGUCUCUUUGUAGUAAAACAGCGAUGCGCAUAUGACAAGUUUACAUGAAGUACAGUAUUGUAGUGGCGAGAGAAGGCCGAAGGGUCCCUUCCCAACACUGCCUAAAUACUUCAUGUAUUAUAAUUAUUUUAAAGCGCCUGGGUACGAGGCAGCCUGUUCGUGAUAUAAUUUCCUUUCACUGUGUAGCUGUUUCUGACCCCUCCGACCCGUUCAUCAUGGUGUCACUGCAUAUUAAUCUGACAGUAUUGAAAGAGAAGCGAAUUCUAAUUCUAAUUUGCCAAAGUCAGGACUACGACCUAAGUCUGGAGUAUAUAAUUGACAAUGCUCAUACUAUCUUAGCUUAGGUUUCUCAAUGAUUGUAAAGUUGCUGAUGCAAUUAAUUUGUAUUUUUUUAAAUAAACUAUCAAACGACUAUCAAACUGUACUUUGUGGCAAUUAUUAAAACCAUUUGCAGCAAUCCUGACCAAAUUGCAUGACAUAUUUACAGGCUCCUCCAUUUACUGUUUGGAGUACUCCUGAUUUUCGGAACGUUCACAGAAUCGAACUGAGGCACUGUCACGUGAGUGUUCUGAUUGCCCUACUCAACUUCUACUCAACUUCUACUCAACUUCUACUCAACUUCUACUCAACUUCUACUCAACUUCUACUCAACUUCUACUCAAAAGUAGGAGCAGUCAAAACAGUCAUCUGACCGUUUUCAGUUUGGUUCUAUUAGUGCUUCGAGUCCGGAAUACUCCGAACAGUAAAUAGGGCAGCCUGGUAGUUAAUUGAAUUCUAUUUAGUUAAGUGUGAGAGGAAAAAACAAGAAGGAGAAACUUGGAGGUUUUCUCAAAGGUUUUGCCAAAGGAGUGGAUGAAGUUUUACUUUCAAGUCAAAAGGUAAAUUACAAAAAAUUGUAGGUCCUUGUGAUUCAGUUUCUGAAAUGUUGUAAUUAUUGUAUGUUCUAGGAUGCUGAUGAUUUCUUUGAGGGAGAGAAGAAGUUUCUGGUGGAGUAUCAUAGCAAGUAUGUUUGAUAAAAAUUGGAUGCAAACUUCUAGGCUGAGAUUACACUCGAGAUUUUCAUCUACAAUUUUCAUCUACUGUUAGUUGUAGCGAGAUGCCCAAAAUUCUCGGUGUUGAACACUUUAUAUCCUCUUAAUUUAGACUCCGAGAAGCGACGAAGCAGUCGGACAGAAUGACGCGAUCACACAAGGGAGUUGCAGAUUGUUACAUCAAGAUAUCAACCUGUAUCACGGCUUUAGCAACGAGUGAAGCGACAGAUUUUGAAAAGUAAGUUUUAGAACUUAUUUGUAUCAUAUGUUAGGGGUAUUAUCAAUCAAUUGUACAAUGCCCCUUCUCUACUUACAUUCUAAUUCAAUAACUGUCUUUAUUUUUCAGAUUUUUUAACAAAGUUAGCGACAUUUUUGAAAAAGUUCGGGUAGGUAAUAACAGGUGUCAAGCCCCGCUCAAACGAUAGUUGAUGAAAGUUUGCAUGAGAGUUUUCUCAACUUUCAUGCCUCGGUCAAACGAGAACAAGAGUUGCAUGAGAGUUGAGAAGCGAGAGUUUGCAUGAGAGUUUUCUCAACUUUCAUGCCCCGGUCAAACGAGAACAAGAGUUGCAUGAGAGUUGAGAAGCGAGAGUUUGCAUGAGAGUUUCCUCAACUCUCAUGCCCUGGUCAAAUGAGAUGAAGAGUUGACGAGUGUUGACUGGAUAUUUUCGCGCACGUAGCGAAAAUUCUCGUCAACUCCCAUCAAAGUUUGAACCAGUUCAAAGUUGAUGAGACUGCAUGAGAAUUGAUGAAAGUUCGCGGUGAAAACUAGCGAGAGUUACAACUCUCGUCCAUUCUCAUCCUCGUUUGACUGAGGCUUUACUGAAACGUCCAUGCGUUGUAAAACAAUAAUUGUUGAAUAUUUCAGAAAUUGGAAGGUCGUGUGGCGUCCGAUGAAGAUCUCAAGUUAUCAGAUCUGCUGCGUUACUACAUGCGAGAUACUGAUGCUGCCAAGGCACUUCUGUACAGGAGAGCAAAAUGUUUGUCAGAGUUUGAUAACGCCAAUAAAGCGUUGGACAAAGCUAGAGCGAAGAAUAAAGACAUUCCCGGUGUAAGUGAUGGUGAUUACUAUGAAGUUGUGUCGUAGCUUUGUGAUGUGAUGGUGAUGAUGAUGGUGAUGAUAGUCGUUAUGAUGGUGGUGAUGAUGAUGGUGGUGAUGAUAGACGUUAUGAUGAUGGUGAUGAUGAUGGUGGUGGUGAUGGUGAUGACAGUCGUUAUGAUGAUGAUGAUGAUGAUGAUGAUGAUAGUCGUUAUGAUGGUGAUGAUGAUGGUGGUGAUGAUGGUGAUGAUGAUGAUGGUGAUGAUGGUGGUGAUGAUGAUGGUGAUGAUGAUGAUGAUGAUAGUCGUUAUGAUGGUGGUGAUGAUGAUGAUGAUGAUGAUAGUCGUUAUGAUGGUGAUGAUGAUGGUGAUGAUGAUGGUGAUGAUGAUGGUGAUGAUGAUGAUG